UUCUUAGGAGAUGACCAAUAAGAGAGUUAGUUUCGAUACUUUCUCCACGCCUCCCGGCAAACACGAAGAAUAAAACCGCAGUGCAGAUGCAUGUGAUGAUCAUAUGACCACCUGAGAUUCAUCAUGGCUCGCGUGCUGCUCUUUUAUCUGUUUACGCUGUCGGGUGUUUUCGCCGGACGGUAUUUUAAUGAGAAUGAGCCCUGCUACAGACCCCAGCCGAGGAGAAACCUACAAGGAGUAAAGACUGGACCACGUCCCUAUGAAUAUAUGAAUUUAAAAAACCUCCCCAAAGUAUGGGACUGGAGAAACAUUGAUGGCGUCAACUACGUCAGCACCACACGCAACCAACACAUACCCCAGUACUGCGGCUCGUGCUGGGCACAUGGAAGUACUAGUGCUUUCGCAGAUCGUAUCAACAUCAAGCGGAAAGCGGCAUGGCCAUCUGCCUAUCUCUCUGUCCAGAACGUGAUUGACUGUGGCAACGCGGGUUCCUGCAAUGGUGGAGAUCAUUCUGGCGUGUGGGAAUAUGCAAACACUAAUGGCAUUCCUGAUGAAACCUGCAACAACUAUCAGGCCAAGGAUCAGGACUGUAACACCUUUAAUCAGUGUGGAACCUGCACAACCUUUGGCGUGUGCAAUGUUGUAAAGAACUAUACUCUCUGGAAAGUUGGAGACUAUGGCUCAGUCAGUGGGCUGGACAAGAUGAAAGCUGAGAUCUACUCUGGAGGACCCAUCAGUUGUGGGAUCAUGGCAACAGAAAAGCUUGAUGCGUACACUGGUGGCUUGUAUUCGGAGUACGUACAGGAUCCCGGUAUAAACCACAUCGUAUCUGUAGCUGGUUGGGGUGUUGAUGAGAGUGGAGUGGAGUACUGGGUCGUCCGUAAUUCUUGGGGAGAGCCAUGGGGAGAGAAAGGCUGGCUCAGAAUAGUCACCAGUGCAUACAAGGGUGGCAGUGGGAGCACGUACAAUCUCGCCAUCGAAGAGGACUGCAUGUAUGGAGACCCCAUCCUACCAAAGAACUACCUGUAGAUGCCUGUGACAUGUUUUACAUAGAGAAAGUGCAGUCUUCAAUUAGUCUAAACUUGCCAAAUUGUAGAGGGCAUUUGUAUCCAGGGCUAGAAUGAUUUUCUUAUGCUGCACAGAUCAGUUGCAGAGUUUUUUUAAAUAGUUUUUAAUGAAAAUCUCAGGAAAGAUUUAUCAGAAAUUGUACAGAUUUGUUCUUUUAUUUCUUCCUUUUUAAGGGUUUUCUACACCACUUAAUGAACACAAAGGGAAACACGAUCCAUUGUUUUUUUUAUACUAGGACAUUUCACAUUUUUAGGAUGUUUUAAAUGGCCAGAUGAUCAUCUAAUGACUUGUGUGCCGAUAUGUGCCUAGGUUUGAGGUUUGUUAUGGUGUACUAAAAGCAAAAGUACAGUUUGCUUCUCUUUUUGAUGGGGAUUUUGCUUUAAUGCAUCUGUCAAACCAUGUCAACAUGUGAAGCCAUGGCUAGGUUUUCAAUCACACUCAAUAAAAGUCUUAUCAGGUUUUA